AUGCUUCCUGUACGAUUCGCGCGGGCGUCGGCCCUGCGCAACGGCAUCGCGACGACUCGGUUGCCGAUGGUGCAGCGACGAACCUUCCUCCCGUCGUCAUACAGCGACAAGAGAGUCCUUGACGGAAAAUACCCCGAUCGGCAGGUUCUCAGCGAGGCCGAAGACCCAGAAAUGAACGGUGGCUACAUCAACCCUCCGCGCAUCAAGCGCCAGUUCCGCGACCCGUACGGCAACUGGUGGGACCCGCAAGAGCGACGAAACUUUGGCGAGCCCGUGCAUGAAGACAACGACGUUCUCGGCAUGUUCUCCCCGUGGGAGUACACCUGGACGACAACCGGCCCCGGCUUGGUCAUGAUCGGCACAUUCAUUGCCGUCUUCCUCGGCGUAUCCGGCGUUGUAUACAUGAAGUACCCUGACAAGCCCUCGUUCCCGAGAGAAUUCGAGGGCGGGCUAGAACGGGAGCUGGGAGGCCCGGGGGCAGUGAGGGCACGGAUGGAAGGAGAUGAGGAGCCAUGA